UGUGGGGGAGAAGGCCCCGGAACGAAGCCGGCCCGCGCGGACCCGCGCUCCCCUCCUCCCCAGCGGCCGCACUCACCCGCUCUGGAUUCGGCCCCGUCGCCCCCGCCCGCAGUCCAGAGCCGGCUGAAAACCGCAGCGGCGCGGGCUCCACGUGCGGCGUCUCUCCCGGUAAGACCCGCAGCUCCAGCGACUCGAAGUGAGAGGCCCCUGGGCCCUUCCCGCGAAAACGGCGCAGAGAAACUCCAACCCCCCCUCCCGCCUCCCAGGCACCCCCGGGUCCGGGACUACAACUCCCAGCAGGUUGCGCGAAACGAACGCCCGAGGCAACGGAGGCUCACGAGGCACAAGGGAGCCCAACGCCCCAAUCCGCUUUGUUUUACACUCUGUCACUUUGCCUGCACAGUCGUACACCUCAACCACCCCAAGGAAGAGGACGCUGACUCGGGGCGGUGGGGAUUGAACUAGGGGAAAGGCCAGUCCAAGUGCGCAUGCGUACAUAACAAGGUUUCCGAGAGGGAAAAAGAGAGCAGGUCAACUUGGGAGAAGGAAAGAUGGCGGAGGCGUCGCCAGGGGACCCGGAAGCACUUACCCUCCACUUCCUUCUCCUGUUUGGCUUCUGUCUCACCUAGAGCCGUCCGGUCGCCGACUGUCUCCGAGACGCUUCCUGUCCGGUGAGUGUCGACCGACUGAAACGGCGGCCCAUAAUGCACUGCGAUGGCGGGUGUGGGGGGGGGGGGGCGGGCGGAGCCAAGGCCGGAAGUAAAACGGUGGCGGCGGCGGCGGUGGCUCUGGCAGCUCGGCACCGAGUGCAAGAAUCACCAUGAUUCUUCAGAGGCUCUUCAGGUUGACCUCUGUCAUUCAGUCUGCAGUCUCGGUCUCUUUGAGGAGGAACGUCGGUUUUACAGCAGUGGCAUUUAAUAAGGAACUUGAUCCUGUCCAGAAACUCUUCGUGGACAAGAUUAGAGAAUAUAGAACUAAGCGACAGACAUCUGGAGGACCUGUUGAUGUUGGCCCAGAGUAUCAGCAAGAACUAGACAGGGAGCUUGUUAAGCUUAAGCAAAUGUAUGGUAAAGCGGACAUGAAUACGUUCCCUAACUUCACAUUUGAAGAUCCCAAGUUUGAAGUCGUCGAGAAACCACAGUCCUAAAGAAAUAAUGUAAAAUUUAUCUGGUAAUUUGUCCUAGAUUAAUUGUAUAACUGAUCAGAAGUAACAGAAUAAACAUAUAUUUCACAACUGUCAUAUGUUCUUUUAAUUCUGAUUUCAAAAUAAAUUAUUUGGUGGUGUUG